UUGCAAAUUUUUUAAAAAUUAAAAAAUAGAAAAUAAAAAAACCAAACCCACCCUUUCAUUCCUAAGAUGCUUGCUUAGAAAAAAAAUUGUAAAUUUGAAGUAGUAUCUAUCUUUGUAAAUCUCACAAGCUCCCUAACUGUCUCGUUGGCGGUACCGAUCGAUGGCUUUUCUCUGUGUUUCUGAUUAAGCAUACUAUUUGUUCGGAUUGGUUGUUCUACUUUUGGUUCUCCUGAAAUCACAAGAUGCCCCCCAAAAUUGCACAAAUUCGCCUCGUAAGUUCACAUCCUGAAGUUUAUGAACCAUGUGAUGAUUCAUUUGCAUUGGUUGAUGCGCUCCUAGCUGAUCGAACUAACUUGUUAGAGCAUCGUCCAACACUCUGCAUGGAAGUUGGUUGUGGCAGUGGGUAUGUUAUCACUUCACUAGCACUUAUGCUUGGACAGGAGGCCUAUGGGGCCUACUAUAUUGCCACUGACAUCAACCCUCAUGCGGUGAGAGUGACCAGUGAGACACUACAAGCACAUGGGGUUCACGCAGAUUUGAUAACUACUGAAAUUGCAUCAGGACUGGAGAAGCGAUUAGAAGGAUUGGUGGAUGUGAUGGUUGUGAAUCCACCUUAUGUGCCAACACCUGAAGAUGAAGUGGGUCGUGAAGGGAUUGCCUCGGCUUGGGCUGGAGGAGAGAAUGGUCGGAGUGUUAUUGAUAAAAUAUUGCCCAUUGCUGACAAACUUAUGUCUGACAGGGGCUGGUUGUAUAUGGUUACCCUUACAGCAAACAAUCCCUCAGAAAUAUGCCUUCAAAUGAGAGAGAAGGGUUAUGCAUCCAGAAUUGUUGUGCAGAGAUCAACUGAAGAGGAGAGUCUCCAUGUUAUUAAGUUUUGGCGAGAUUUUGAUAGUCAACCAGUGGGAAAUGAAAUGGGGACGGUGAACAAAAUAGUUCCUGCAGGGGUCAUUGAAUCUCUGCUUUCACAAGUUCCUGGAUUAUCAUUCUGGAGGUAUGGCAACAGUAAUAGUCGCUGAUGUACCAAAAGGUAAAGAGGGGUUUUGUUCAUUCCGGAAAUAUAUCUAUGUGCUGCCUUUUCAAUCUCCAUUUCAUUUUUUAGUUUAGGAUAUGAAUUUUAAUGAAAUGUGAUAAAUACAUACAAUUCAUAUAAUGUGUUCUCCUGAGACUCCGUGGAUGUGCACCUUUUUUCUAUGCCUUUUUUAAGCUUUGAGGGAUUUAAAUUCUGCUUUGUCUCGAUGAUGCAAGCAAGACUCAGAAUAAGCUUUUAUAACCUAUGUGUCACCACUAUAUAUAGCUUGGACCUUCAAAAUGAAAAAAUUCUUGAAGUGAGAAACUAUAAUAGUACUAAAGAUGUGGGAAGGAAGUUAAAGAAGGUAUAAUGUAAGAGUUAAGGACUUUACUGUA